GAGCAAAUAUAACAGCUACUGUCGAUGAGCUGUUUUCUUAUUUCCCUAAUUUUUCUAAUUAUUGUUUACGUUUCUGUUGACAUGGAGUGUAGUGUUGAUGUGUUUGUGGGAAAUACAACCAUCAUCGACCCAGAAAUAUAUCAACUUUGGGUUGACGGUAACUCUGCUCACGAGGCUGCUGAUAUUUUACAACAAAGAGGAAUCCUACAGCAAUGGGGAGCAAAUAUGGAUCUCUUGAUGUCAGAUGUCCUUGAUCAUUACCGCACAUUUCAUAUGUUAGAAAAGACGUUACAUACUCCACUCAAGUUAACAGCAGCUGGGGAAUGGACAUUUCAGAUGGACGGAGAUACUCAGCAGCUGCUAAUUGAAAAAUAUUACGAGCUGGAUGAUGUGGUUGUUAGAGAAGUACUUGGAAAGAAACUCUCCUCUAGGCAUAGAAAAGAUCUAGAUGAAGUGUCAGAGAAAACGGCAAUAUCCCUGAGGUCAUGUAGGAGGCAGUUUGAUAAUGUUAAGCGAAUUCAUAAGCUUGUUGAAGAGUUACCAGGCCACAUUGUGAACAAUAUUCAGCAUAAUUUCCUUCUCUCAACGGAACUGUCAAAGAAAUAUGCUGCAGUUGUCUUUAUAGCUGUUAAUCGUUUCGAAACAACCAAGAGAAAACUACAGUAUUUGAAUUUCUCCGAUUUUUAUCACUGUGCUCAUCAGAUGAUAGAGCAUUGGUCUUCUACAUCUUGUCAUGCUAGUUCUCAUCAGUUGGAAACAGAAACUGAAAUCGAAACCGAUCUCGAUGUCGACAGAAGCUUUUUGCACGACCUCAGAGAAGUACGCAUACUGCUUGACAAAGAAAAAGAACUGAAACAUCUAGUUUGUUCCCAGCUAAAGGGACGCCUGACGGACAAGAUUUAUGCCGAUAUGGAAUCGUCUUUUAAAACUCAUUCACGUUCGCUAGUUCUGUUGGCUGGCAAUCUCAAUCGAUCAAGGGAACUGCGAUCGCUCUUCGUAGACUUGGUGGAGCGCUGUGUGGAACCACUUAGGCAAGCCAGGUGGACAUCAAGAGAUUUGAGACUAUUUCUUGAUUAUUAUACGCCCGCCGGAGUCCAGCUGUUUAAAAGCGAUUCAGCAACAGCGUCGGUGUGGGAGCGUUAUAUGAAAGUAAUCUCCAGCUGCCUAGUCAAAAUCUACCACAAUUAGUUGUGUAUAAAUGCAACGUUACCGUUCUUUUAUUGUGCUGUAAACCUGUGAAACAUUGAAAUAUUAACUUCUUUUUUUUC